AUGACCAAACAAAAUAGCAGCAUAUCCACCGUAGAAUUUAAGAACAACCUGAUAUAUGGCCUGUGGGACGGAACUGUAAGAAUAAUGAGCAAAGAAGAGAGCAGCCGCAUAGACCUUAACUCGCCAGCCACUGCGAUAUGCUCCACUGAAGAUGCAGUCUACAUAGGCACGGCGCACGGGGACGUGUGGGACAUAAGAAACAAAAAAGUUGCAAAAAUACUAAAAGCAAACGGCUCCAUAAAACACACAAACAUUUCGCUGGAGGCGGUUGUGGGAAUACAUAAGUACAAAGACAGCUCCAUAAUAGUCAUCUACAUCUUUGGAGAAAUAUCCAUUUAUGACACAAAUGCCCACAAGAUAUCUAAAACAGUAAAAAUUGACGGAAAAGUGUCAAACAGCUAUCUAGAAGAAGAAAAACUCGUUUAUAUUGUAGACGGGAAGGUGGUUGAGAUAUACGACAUAAAACUGGACCGAAUUACAAAGAUAAAAUCCCUGCUCUCCAACACAGCAAUAGACCAGAUCAUGUUCAUGCAGAACACAGAGCAGAAUACAAUAGUGUAUUCUACGCCAGUUGGGAAAGUGUGUGUAGACUACGCCAAUAGAGCAGGAACAGGGUUUGUGUUUAAGGCACACAAAACAGAGACAGAGAACAGAGAAGUCUACUAUCCUGUUACUCUAAUGAAGGCCAUCAGCGCCACGAGGAUACUGACAGGAGGAGGAGACGGCAAUGUCUAUUUGUGGGAUGUAAAAGAAAAAACGAAAAUACAAACCGUCAUUUCAACAGGAAAGUGCAUACUCAUGGGAGACAUCAAAUACGAUGAAAACAGGCAGCCCGCUGUAUUAAUUCUCAUUCUGUCAGAGAGAAUUGAAAGUCUCUGUGAGAUAGACGGGCUCACAGAAAUAAUGGAAGUGCCACUUGCAAAGCAUCUGUGA